GCCAUCUCAAAACACGUCUAAAAUUUAAUUGAUCGAGAGAGAAAAAGUCCUACAAAACGCAGACAAAAUGAGUCAAGAUUGAACGAGUUUUUGARGAAAAGGAUGGCUGCUUUACGAGUGUUUGUAUUGGUGUUCUUGUUAUGUCUAUUCAUAGUUGUUGAGAUUGAAUGCAAAGUGCUUCAUGGGGAACAGUCACUAACAGAGAUUGCAGACUACGAUUCAAAGCGGGACAUGGCUAUCGAUCCUCUUCCAGCCACCAAGAAAGACAAAACAGAAAAUUUACUUCCAGUUCUCGGAAGAAUAAACUCCAAACCUAAAAUCUCAAAGAGGGAACAAUUUGCUGUAGAAUUUGUGGAUCAUAGCACUCAUCCAGAAGCGCAGAGAGCAUCUACAAGUGGAAAUGUCAAGCAGAACGCCGUUAAUGGUCAAGUUCUGGGACUCCUUAGCAAGGAAGAAGCUUCACUCGUUGACCAAGAUGUGAAUAAAGUUCUGGAAUAUUAUGGAUAUCAGGAAAAUAACAAAAUGGAAAAUUCAAAAGGGUUGGGGAUUAAAGUGAACAAGAUGAAAGAAGUAGUUACAUCGGGGAAAAAUAGAGGUUUAAAUUCCGUUGAAAAUUUACAGCAAACAAAAUACAACUUAAAGCCUUCUUUGGAUGCCACAUUGGAAAAGCAACGGCUACAAUACCAACAAAAUAAAAAUMAAAAAUUACCGGGUAAAGUGGAAAAGCCGAGAAUCUUUAAACUUCAACUUAAGAAAAUAUCUGAUCCAAAACAUAAAUUAAAUAAAUUAGACUUGCCUCAGCAAAAGAAUAUAAUUCACUAUAGUCCUCUGCAAGAAAAUAACGGGAAACAAUUCACUUUGAAGAAUGAUUUUGUCAAGGACAAUUCUGUGAAGAACGGGCAUCAAUCAAGUUGGCUUCCAAUUAAAGAGAAUGGAGUAAACUUCUUCCAAGAUGAUAAUUCGCCGCAGUUUUCAGUCCAGAAUCAACAUUCUAACGCCGCAAGAGCUGCACAAGAAUACAUGAACAUGCCAAGCAAAGAUAUUCUAAAACUUGUACAAAAUGACGUGCAAGUCCAAAGACCAAAUGGUACGACUGGACCUAAAGGAAGUAAUAGCUCCAAGGCCUCGCGCGGCGAGGUAGACAUCGCCGCUCCUGAUUGGCUGCCUAUCAAGGAAGAGAUACAUGGAAUACAGUUUGAUAUGAGCCAAGACGACAGGAAUAAAAAGACAUCGCAUUCGGUACAGGGAAUGCAAAAUGACAUAGCGGAAUCCCAGAAAAAUGGCCGGACMAAUCAAGUCAGUGGAAUUCAAGAUGAUAUGACACAGAAACACAACAAUGGAAAAGAACAAGUUCACAAUGAUUUGAGUCCAAAACAAAAUAAUGCCGCUUGGUUGCCAAUAAAAGACAACAUUCAUGGCAUUCAGUUUGACAUGAACCAGAACGGGAGUAAUACAACUACAAGCUCAAGCAAYGAAAUGAAGAUGAAUAUGCAGAUAAAAAAUGAGUCUUCUCUGGGUGAAGAUUCUAUAAUGCAGGAAGAAGGGCUUAAUGCAACAGCAAAUAGUGAAUUCGAAAACAUCACGAGAAAUGAUAACGAUAUGAAAGCAAAGAACCUCGAAAAUAGCGUUCGAAAUAGUGACCUUCAAUAUGGUAACAUCACUUUUAAGACAAAGCAAUAUGGAAAGCUGUCAAAUGAUUCUGAAGUUGAAAAUAUACAUUCUCAAUACAAAUUGAACUUAACAAAUGACAYUCCGAAAUCCAACUUUAAACAGCUUAAGAACGAACACGAUGUCACAAAGCAAAUCUGGUCGCCUGAAAAAGUCAUACAUUCCCACGGGCAUGACACAUUGCGCAUGACUAGUUGGGGUCCUUGGUCGACCUGUUCGGACACGUGUGGGAGAAACGGACUACAGAUYCGUACACGGCAAUGUGCGCRUGCGCAGAAGGAUCAUCCAGAUUGYAAAGGGAGUGCUAUAGAUUGGAAAUGGUGYGCUAGUGUUGAUGUCUGUUCAGAUUCAGGCCUACACAUCGUAAGUCACAAUAAUAACUCGACCUAUGCAGACGUAAUCAUCGAGGGAAACAAUAUGCCCAGUCAGUGGGGAUCUUGGUCAACCUGUUCAAAAAGAUGCGGCAUUCAAAGCCUGAGAAUUCGAACCAGGAAUUGCCCUGGCCAGCGGUCAAAGGACACUGGAGUAUGCGUUGAGCCUACAAUGCAGUGGACGUGGUGUAAGCCAUUACCUUGUAAAGGACCUCAAUAUGCACCAAUGAGAUUUGGCUAUAAACAGCGAGACAAGUUUUCGGCAUCAAGGAGAAUUCUUGCUGAUAAAGUUAAUAAACCGUCAAGCCCUGUCAUCCACACCGAUAAUGGGCUUGCUUUUCACGACAACUGCGUCGUUUCUCCUUGGAGCAAGUGGUCAAAGUGCUCGAAAUCGUGCGGCGAGAAUUCGUUUAAAUUUCGCACGAGGACCUGUAAUUGCGACUAUAAAAAAUUGUGUAAAUCAUCAACCCUGCAGAGAGAGCACUGCAAGUUAAAGACAUGUGAAGGUGAGGAACAUUAUGGUCCAUGGUCAGCGUUCUCUCCAUGCACAAAAUCUUGUGGAGGAGGAUGGACAAAGAGGACACGACAUUGCAAGAAAAUCAAAGGACGCCAUCUUUGCGAUCAAGACCUUUUGAUAGGAGUCAAAGUCUGCAACGYUCAUAAAUGCUCAAAACCCUCAGAUGGUGUGCACAAAAGUGCUAUGGUAGCAAACGUCAAUCCUGAGUCCAUGUGUGGAUUCAACCCGUGUUCAGAGUUUGGCUGUAUGGAUAAUAGUGAGAGCAAGUGCCUGGCGGAUACGAGCUGUGAUCCAGUCUUUUUUAAUGAGUUCGGACAAAUCGAUGAUAGGUGCAGAGGUUGGCAGCGCUAUGAAGUAAAGGAUCCCACUCUUUUCUGUGGCUACGAUCCAUGUCUUGGCUCUAAAUGUCAGCGUGCAUUUGGUCGCUGUUUGGUAGAUCUCACCUGCAAGUCUUUUGUUCUUGGAGCUGAUGGGWCGGCUAUAGAUUGUAAUACAAUCCAAUAUCCCUUCUAAGGGUAUUUCUUUUGGAAGGGCGUGAAACUGAAKUGGAAAUAUGUCCCUACGAAUUUACUCUACGAUCACGUUUCUCAUAAUC